CCGGGGAGUGGGCCGUCAACCCAAGAGUCGCCAGAUCUGUUCAGAGAUUUCGAAACUGUGCGGUUGCUCCUGGCUGAUUUCUGGAUACACUAUUACAUAGGCAGGAAGAACAAGAGGGCAGGAAGGGCAGCAGAUGGACUGGAGGCAUUCUCAGAACAUCCGCCUAUGCUCACGUCUCGCCCUCGUUCUCCCUUGUCUUACCUCGGCGGCUUCUGCCGUGACACGAAUAUCGUCAGCGAACCCAUUUUUGAAGCUGCUACUAUCGAUGCCAACCUGCAACGAGGCUUGCAUGGCUCAACCUGCGAGGCUUUUAGACGGAGGCGCGCUCGGGCUCCGCCAAACUCUAUCAUUUUUGUGAAUCAGAGCUUAUCCUACUUAUCCGAAUACGAUGGCUUUGUCUAAGGCGGAGCGAGAUCGUUUGUGACC